CCCAUGUCACAUGCCUCUGCAGAUACGCCCUGUGUGGACUGUUUAAAACUGCCCUGUUUGAUUCCCACCAUGAUUUAUUUGAACAGACUGACCUGACAGAGUCCACCUCAGCUGUGAAUCCUCCUCCUCCUCUCUAUGAUGAUGAUGCAGGUAACAUUAUUCUUAACUCUGCUGGGUUUUGUGGCCUCGGCCCCCUCUGAAUCCCAUUUUUACCUGCCCAUCGACUGUGACGACAUCUAUCGCCAUGACAACACCAGCUCCAGUGGGGUGUACACCAUCUACCCAGGAGGCCCCGCUGCACCCCUGCGUGUCCACUGUGACAUGGACACUGACGGAGGCAGAUGGACUGUAAUCCAGAGGAGGAUGGACGGGACCGAAAACUUCUACAGGCCCUGGAAACAUUAUAAGGCUGGAUUUGGGAAUGCAGUCGGAGAAUAUUGGCUCGGCCUGGACAACAUUUUCCUGCUGAGUAUGAGGAAGAAGAAUGAGCUGCGGGUGGACAUGGAGGACUGGGAGGGAGGGCAGGCCUCUGCUCAGUACUCCUCUUUCUCUAUCGAUUCUGAGAUCACUGGGUAUCAGCUUCACCUGGGCACCUUCACUGGUGGAGCUGCAGGGGACAGUUUCACUGAUCACAACUCCAUGAAGUUCACCACCUAUGACAAAGACCAGGACCAGUGGGCUCACAACUGCGCCCAUCACUACCUAGGCGGAUUCUGGUACAACGCCUGCCACAACAUAAACCCCAACGGCAUGUACGCGCCUCACGGGGCCAUCGCAUUUGAGAACGUCCAUGUCAUUUGGCAGGCGUGGAAAGGCUGGAACUACUCCCUUAAGACUAUUGCCAUGAAGAUUAGAUCAGUCUCUAAGUGUUCAUGCACAGAUUAACCUGAUAAACUGUAGAUUGACUAGACUGUGGUGAUAUGUCACCCUCCAUCAGGCCAGGAGAGUUUUUAUACCAUCAAUAUGUGUAAGAAAUCAUAUUUUGGUGACCAGGCUACAUGCAUUUGCUCCCGGUGUUCUUGUCAGGUGAUGUUAAUUUAUUGUUUAUUCAGUUUCAUAUGGUUUAUUUUGUGAAGCACUCUGAGGUCACAGCUUUUGAUAAGUACAAUAGAAAUAAACCUGAUUGCUUUAACUGUAUUAUUAUUAUUAAUGUUAUUAGUGGUAGUAGCAGUUGUCAUUUUAUUCCUCAGUGUUUAAAUGGGACAGAGAGUGGAUUUGUUCUUUGUACCACCUCGCUGAUAAAUAUAAUGAGUUUAAUUCUAUUAUGUUAUGUAAUUAGUUUAAUGAUUUUUUUUUCUUUGCAAGGCUGUAUCCAGCCCUUCAGUGUUGCUUUGAGUUAAAUGCAACAUCAGCAUGCUAACAUGAAUCAAAGUAUGAGAUAAAUUAAAAGUUUGACCCAGUGAUGGUGCUAGAGGACAAGUUGAGGGUCACCAGAGUUAUUACAGUUCAUCCUGCUGGGAGCAUGUAUGCCUGGAACAAAGUUUACAGCAAGCCAUACAGUAGUGGUUGAGAAAUUUCACUCAUAACCACAAAUGUCAACCUCAUGGUGGCGCUAGAGGAAGAGUUACUAGAUCACCAAAGCCAUUAAGAUUCAACACCUGGGAACCAUGAAUGUCUUCACAGAAAGUUUUGCCAGAGAUGCUACGAAAACUUCGGGGGAAGUUUGCCUGUUACUUGAGUAAAGUCUUUAUUAGAUUAAUAGCUUGAACUUUGACCUUGUAGCAUGUAUCUUCUUUGCUCUGCUAUCAGUGUACACUUUAUUUUAAAUAUUGCACAUAAACAUGUUACCUGAAGGUCA